CUUCUCAUUUAAAGCUGUAACUACACAAAAAAAGGAGGAAAAAAAUCCCACUCACGCAUUCUGGGCUGGGUCUGCUCGCUGCUUACAAGGAGAGGCGCUCCUGUGUUCAUGGUGCUGCUGUGAUAACCUGGGCACCUUUUCUUCCAUCCCUUUCCCCCUCCUUCUUUAACUUUGCACAAAAGAAAGGCCCAUGUCUUAGACAUGAUGAUUUCCAUGCAUUUGAGGACUUUUAUCUUUCUGGUGGUCUCUCGGCUUGUGAUUGUGACAUGUCAGGACGGGAGCAGUGGAGACGACGAUUGCACAGCAGAUGGUCAGAAGUACUCAAACACCGACAUCUGGAAGCCGGAACCCUGCCGGAUCUGCGUUUGUGACAAAGGCCAGGUCCUCUGCGAUGAGGUCCAUUGUGAAGAGCAUACCAACUGUGAGAAGAUGUACGUCCCAGAGGGCGAGUGCUGCCCUGUCUGUCAGGGCGAUUCGCCCAGCGGCGGCGGUGGUGGUGGCGGUGGAGAUAGAGUCUAUAAGGGACAGAAAGGAGAACCUGGAGAAGUUCCAAUUGUGACGGGCAUACGAGGUCGUCCUGGACCGAUGGGGCCUCCCGGCUCGGCUGGAUACAGAGGGCCUCACGGACACAAAGGAAGGCCGGGACUGCGAGGUCCUCCAGGCUACGAUGGAGAGCCAGGCAUACCAGGUCAACCUGGUGAACCGGGACCUCCGGGUCCUCCAACACACCCAGGGGGACUGGGAGGCCAAAUGGCUCAAGGAUUUGAUUCCAAAACGGGACCACAGGCCAUGCUGAAUGGUGCCAGGGGAGAAGCUGGAGCAAGAGGACCUCCUGGACCGAGCGGGUCACCUGGCCAAGCUGGACCUCAAGGACCUCAUGGAGAUGUUGGUGAUCCGGGACACAUGGGCUCACCUGGACAAAGAGGACCUGAGGGUCCAGCAGGGAAACCAGGCAAAGACGGAGAACCAGGAAAAUCGGGAAAUCCCGGAGAAGUCGGCUUUCCCGGAUCAGCUGGUCCAAGAGGAUUUCCUGGCACACCGGGACCUCCUGGUCUGAAGGGGCACCGUGGUCACUCUGGACCACUUGGCCAAAAAGGUGAAAUGGGAGCUGUUGGAUCCAAGGGUGCUACUGGGCCUCCUGGUCCAAUGGGAGGACCUGGACCCAUGGGUCCUGCUGGGAUGCCUGGUGAGAGAGGACGGCCUGGACCAGGCGGUAUUGCCGGUAAACGUGGUCUGCCUGGCAACAUUGGGAAACCUGGUCCAUUGGGUCCCUUGGGUAUCAAUGGCCCGCCAGGGUAUCCAGGAACACCCGGUAUGAAGGGACAACCUGGGCCUACAGGUGUCCGGGGUCCAGAAGGUCCACAGGGCCAGAGAGGAGAAACCGGUCACCAAGGCAGGGUUGGACCAGUUGGCCUCAGGGGACCCAUGGGUACAGAUGGAGGCCCAGGUGCUAAAGGACCAGUGGGCAAUUUGGGUCCACAAGGUCAAGGAGGCCACCCUGGACCUUCUGGUCCACCAGGACCUCAGGGAAGCACUGGUCAGCCUGGUAUAAAAGGACAAGGGGGAGAUGUUGGUGUUGCAGGAUUUAAAGGAGAAGCAGGACCUAAAGGAGAACCAGGUCCGCCAGGCUCCCAGGGAGUGAUCGGACCUCAGGGUGAGGAAGGAAAGCGAGGACCACGUGGAGAUCCGGGCUCGGUUGGCCCUCCUGGUCCCAUUGGUGAAAGAGGAUCUCCUGGAAACCGAGGUUUCCCUGGUGCUGAUGGCCUACCGGGACCUAAGGGUGCUCAAGGAGAUCGUGGCAUUUCUGGCCCAGCUGGGCCAAAAGGUUCUCUGGGAGAUCUAGGGCGCUCAGGAGAGCCUGGUCUACCAGGUGCAAGGGGUCUUACUGGUACCCCGGGAGUCCAGGGGGCAGAGGGCAAGCCAGGACCACUGGGUGCACCCGGUGAGGACGGCCGUCCAGGCCAAGCAGGACCGAUUGGAAACCGAGGCCCUGCAGGAACUAUGGGCGUUCCAGGCCCCAAAGGCUUUAAUGGUGACCCAGGAAAGACCGGUGAACAGGGAUCUGCAGGAGUGCCGGGUCAAAGAGGACCUCCAGGAAAAGAUGGAGAAGUUGGCCCUGCAGGUCCCCCUGGUCCACCUGGUCCUGCAGGAGACAGAGGAGAACAGGGACCACCAGGUGUGAAUGGAUUCCAGGGACUGCCAGGAAACCAAGGGCCUCCUGGAGAGCCUGGUAAACCAGGUGACCAAGGUAUUCCUGGAGAGAUUGGUCCUGUGGGUCAAAUUGGACCAAGGGGUGAACGUGGAAUCCCUGGAGAGAGAGGAGAUCUGGGUCCGACCGGUCUGCAGGGACCUAAAGGAAUUCCUGGAGCACCUGGUCCUGAUGGACCAAAGGGCAGCCCUGGUCCUACAGGUGCUCUGGGAGAUGUAGGGCCCCCUGGUCUCCAGGGAAUGCCAGGAGAAAGAGGAAUCUCGGGACCUCCCGGGCCAAAGGGAGACAGAGGAGCGGUUGGAGAGAAAGGUUCAGAAGGUACACCAGGAAAUGAUGGUGCAAGAGGAGCCCCUGGUCUCGUUGGCCCACUAGGACCUGCUGGACCCAGUGGUGAAAAGGGGGAACCAGGACCCAAAGGACCAGCUGGGCCUCCAGGAUCCAGAGGAACACAUGGAGCAAGAGGUGACCCCGGUCCAAUUGGUGCUGUAGGAUUUUCUGGACCUCCUGGUCCUGAUGGUCAACCCGGAGUCAAGGGAGAGCCCGGAGAGCCAGGGCAGAAAGGAGAUGCUGGUUCUCCAGGGCCUCAGGGUUUGGCUGGUGCCCACGGACCUCCGGGUCCAGUUGGUGUUUCUGGACUGAAAGGAGGAAGAGGAACACAGGGGGCUCCGGGUCCUACUGGUUUCCCUGGAUCAGCAGGAAAAGUUGGACCACCAGGUCCACCUGGACCACUUGGAGAAGCUGGACCCCAGGGACCUCCAGGAAAAGAAGGUCCUGCUGGACUCCGAGGUGAUCACGGGCCCCCUGGAAGGCAAGGAGAGCUUGGACCUCCUGGUCCACCAGGGAGCCCUGGAGACAAAGGUGACCCCGGAGAGGACGGCCCCACGGGUCCCGAUGGUCCUCCAGGUCCAGCUGGAACGACAGGGCAGAGAGGAAUUGUGGGUCUCCCUGGUCAGCGAGGAGAGCGUGGGAUGCCGGGUCUUCCCGGACCAGCGGGUCCACCAGGAAAACAGGGAGCUGCAGGACAAACAGGAGAUAAAGGCCCCCCAGGUCCAGUUGGUGUUCCUGGUGCUAAUGGACCUCGAGGCGAUCCCGGUCCUGAUGGUUCUGCAGGAUCUGACGGUCCACCAGGAAAAGAUGGAAAUCUCGGACUAAGGGGAGACCGAGGAGAUUCUGGUCCAGAGGGUUUGAUUGGUCCUCAGGGGCUUCCUGGACCUCCUGGUCCUGUUGGUGCUCCCGGUGAACAAGGAAGAAGAGGAGAGCCAGGCUCAAGAGGACCUCAAGGUCCACCUGGAUCCGCUGGCAAAAGAGGACUAGUGGGACCACAAGGACCAAGAGGAGAUAAGGGUGACCUGGGUGAUCAUGGAGAGAGGGGCCAGAAGGGACACAGAGGCUUCACCGGUCUGCAGGGUCUUCCUGGACCUCCGGGCACAACUGGUGAGCAAGGAGCUCCAGGAAUAGUUGGACCAAGUGGCCAAAGGGGCCCUCCCGGACCCAUCGGACCUCCUGGGAAGGAGGGAUACCUGGGCCAGCCUGGGCCAAUGGGACCUCCUGGUACUCGUGGACUUAGUGGAGAAAUUGGACCACAGGGACCCCCUGGGGAAGAUGGACCUCCUGGUCCUCCCGGCCCACCAGGACCUCCUGUGGCUGCUGUGGAUGACCUGUUCGGCCCCCACGAUUACGAUUCUGGGCCUCCUCCUCCUCCAGAGUUCAGCGAAGACGAGGCUCUGCCCAACAGCAACGCCUCUGCCAUCAUUGUCCCUGUUGACCCCAGUGUUCAGGCCACCCUGAAGGCUCUCAGCAGUCAGAUCGACAGCAUGAAGAGUCCUGAUGGCAGUAGGAAACACCCUGCCAGGACCUGUGAUGACCUGAAGAGAUGCUACCCCUUAAAAAAAAGUGGCGAGUACUGGGUGGAUCCAAACCAAGGUAGUGCAGAGGAUGCCAUCAAAGUGCACUGCAACAUGGACACUGGAGAGACCUGCAUCUCUGCCAACCCAUCCACUAUACCUCGUAAAGUGUGGUGGACUGCCUCUAGGAGCAAACCAGUGUGGUUUGGAGCCGACAUAAAUAGCGGGACACAUUUCACCUAUGGGAACAAAGAUCAGCCUGUGAACUCCGUCACGGUGCAGAUGACUUUCAUCCGCCUGCUCUCCAAAGAGGCAUCUCAGACCAUCACCUACCACUGCAAAAACUCUGUGGGCUACGAAGACGCCCGAACGGGCAACUUGAAGAAAGCAGUGAUCCUCAAAGGCUCCAAUGACCUGGAGCUGAAAGCUGAGGGAAACAACCGCUUCCGAUACACGAUGGUGGAGGAUUCCUGCUCGAAAGCAAGCAGCAACUGGGGCAAGACAGUACUCGAGUACAGGACACAGAAAACUGCCAGGCUUCCCAUUGUGGAUAUUGCCCCCGUGGACAUUGGUGGGCCCAAUCAGGAGUUCGGUAUUGAUAUCGGACCUGUGUGCUUCUUGUAGAGCCAAACAGAUGGAGGAGAGACUGUUGAACUGACAGCUGAUGCGAUCAGCCGCCUUGUACAUACGAGGACUAUUCCGGCCCUGUGGCAAAAUAUUUAUUGUGCCUUUCAACCCAAGUUCAAGACAACAGACGUUGGUAUGAAUGUUUGGUUUUACGGAGAAAAAAAAGGUGGUUUUAAAAAUCUGAUUCCUUGUUUGUGUAUGUUUCACUUCAGACGUCAAAAUGCUUGAAGCCUAAAUUACAUUUAAGAAUGACAAAUAAUACCAAACAUUAACUGCUGUUAAUAAUAAGCCCCAAACCGAUAGAAGUUCAUUGUCCCACCACUAUUGUUGUUAUUUUUAUAAUUUUCUUAUUUUUUAGAAAUUUACAGAAUUCUCUUUAACGAAUAGAAAACUUUGUGGUGCUAUUGAGGAUUAAAAAACCGCUACGCAGCCGUGCGGCUUGGAAGAUCCGACUGAACUCUGAACCAGGAGGAGGACUGAACACAUUAGCUGUGUCGAUUGCUCGGCGUUAGCUACCUCGUCACCGAAGCUGAGACAACGACGGUGCUACGUGUAACGUGUCUUUCCCAGGUGCUGGUUUCUUUCUGCCGUUCAGGGUUUGGUGAAAAUAAUAAAGAUCUUUCUGUCAACAAUGGA